AUGGACAGGAUAGAUAAGUACAGAAGGGUAGAGGAGGAUCAACUUCAGGGAAAAGGGAAGGCCAAGGUGAUCCCUCAGGAGAGGAGGGAUUUCAGGUUGGACCGUUAUAAUAGCAGCCGACCCUGGAGGGAUUUUGUUGGGCAGUCGGGUUCGGCGGAUGCCCAGGUGGUUAAUGCAAUAUUUCGAGAGCCAGUUCAGCAACCCCAUGACGAUACUUUGGUGGUAACGCUGAGAAUUGGCGGGUACGAUGUCAGAAGGGUGAUGGUUGAUCAGGGUAGCGCUGUGGAUGUAAUGUAUCCAGACUUGUACAAGGGGCUAGGUUUGAAGCCAGAGGACUUAACAACCUACAAUUCUCCUCUAGUAAGUUUCGAGGGAAGGAUGGUCGCUCCCAAAGGACUGAUUAGGCUGCCUGUGCAAGUAGGUACGGAUGUGGUGGAUGUGGACUUUAUUGUCGUAGAUGUUUUUUCUCCGUACACGGCUAUCAUGGGUAGACCUUGGCUUCACACCCUUAAGGCGGUCUCGUCUACUCUGCAUCAGAAGGUGAAGUACCUGUCCGGAGGCCAAGUGUUGGAAAUAGUAGGGAGUCAGGCGGCUGCUCGGCAAUGCCUAGUAGCGGCUAUACAGCAUCGGCUAGAAGCAGAAACCUCAGCUAGGACCGAUAAUGAGUUAUAG